UCUGUUAUUAACUAUCAUUAUUAUUAAGAUUUUAAUACACAUUACAUUUUAAUACACAUUACAUUGAGUUACGUAUUUGACUUUAUUUCACUCCAACGUUUGUGUCACGGGCUACAAAGUGGAACCAAACAUGUCUUUGUUUCUUUCCUUUCUCCCUUUUGCCUCCUUCAUUCACACUGCUUAUUCAUUUUCUAGUCUGAAUUCCACAACAAUUGAAGGACCUUUUGUUCAAGAAUUCACUUUUCCUGCAAAUUCAGCCUUCAAUAGUUGUCAUGCUUCUACCAUUGUUGAGGUUGAGAAGGGUCAUUUUUUGGUUGCAUAUUUUGGGGGCACAUCAGAGGGUGCACCUGAUGUCAAAAUAUGGUUGCAGACUUACAAGAAUGGAAUAUGGAAACCACCUAUAGUAGCUGAUGAAGAAUCAAAUGUUCCUAUGUGGAACCCUGUACUCUUCAAACUUCCAUCAAAUGUUUUACUGCUUUUCUACAGAAUAGGCCAAGAUGUUCAAAAAUGGAGUGGAUUCAUGAAACGGUCAUAUGAUAAAGGUAUUACAUGGACAGAAAGAGAACAACUUCCGCCUGGUAUAUUAGGACCUAUAAAAAAUAAGAUAUGGGAGAGGGAAUGUGUCUUUUGGCUCAAAGUCACGCCCAGUUCGUUACAUGUGCGUGACACAGUUCCAUCUCACUUUGCCAUACGGCACUUUGCCACAAGAAUUCUCAUCCACACCACCUCUUUCUACUGAUGCAGUAGUUGGUUUUCAUGACUCAAAACUUGUAAGCUCUCUUCAACACUACUUGCCAUGUGAUUGUGAUUGAUCUCACCUUCUUAAUGUUUUUUAAUUAAUCAUAUAUGUGGAUAGUUGAUUUUGUAUACUUUCAGGAACCUCUUAAAAGUUUUCCACAGUUGCUAGUAAUGGCUCAUGAGUUAGGAAUACUUACAAAUAUUAACACAUUAUCUCAUAUGUUUAGACGAAGAAAGUGAAAAACAGAGCUAGUAAAAUAAAAAGAACACAACUCUGACAUACUUUGUAAUUCCAUUCUUUCAUGGAUGACAUUAAAGUAAGCUUCCAGCUUGUUGUAAACAGUUUCUCUAUCUUAAGAUUUGUACAAGUGAAGAUGUGUAUACAAUGCUUUCUCUUUUAACAUUUUGUUUACCUUUACAUUGAGACAGUGUAAUGAAGUGAAGAUGUGUAUACGUCUUAUGGUAUCUGGCGUACCUGCUACGGUGGAGCACCGAGCCAUUGCGGCAACAGGCACGUCCACCUUGGCUGCCUUUAUGGCCAAGUGUGUUUAGAAUUUCAUUAAAGCAAUGGAUUUGUUGAAAUUGAACAUGGUAGUUGUGGAUUAGGUGCAUCCUUUGCUCUCAAACCUUUAUGGUUCACUUAACAAAUUGACGAUUUUGUCGUCGGGUGUUGAGGGGAAAAUAAAAAUGAAGGAUUGGACUGAUUUAUGUACCAGAACAGUGGCGUAGAGGAGCAUCAAAUGAACCAAGCAUCAAAUGAACCAAAAAACAAGUGAAGAUAUACCGAAUUCUGAAGAAAUGUUGCCAAAACAAAAGCCAAAGAAGAAGAAGAAAACUUAUAUAUGAAGAAAG